UUUACCCAAAAGCUCACAAGCCCAGGCUAGAUUUUCCCCAGUUCCAAAGAUCCGAUCUAUCGAACUCCACAAUUUUCCUGGAAAAUGCAUUGAAGAGAAAGUUACUAAAUCCCCAUGGCAAAUGCAUGGAAAAGAGAAAGCAGCAAAGCCCAGAAGUUCCUCUCACCCAAAACCCUCCUUCCUCUCCUCCUUCUCACCCUCUUCGUCUACCUCUGUUUCUCUCUGCUUUCCCCUAAAAACCCCACCUUUAUCCCCACAACUCCCUCUUAUAGCGCCCAAAAAUAUGCCCAGAAUUUCCCAAUCCCUCCUUUUAACUGCCGUAACUCACCGCAAGCCCAUCCCAUCAUUGCAAACAACGUAGAAAAUCUCAAACACCCUUUCAUUUACUCCCUAGCUGAUUUAGGUUCCCUCCCCGACAAGCCUCAUAAGAACAUCGUGAGACUUCUUAAAGGUAAGCCCUUUCGCAAGCCUGACAUAUCGGCCACCGUUCAGGAAUUUCUGGAAGGGAAAAACAAAGAUGGGUUUUUCGUCGAUGUCGGGGCCAAUGUCGGGAUGGCGAGUUUCGCGGCAGCUGUUAUGGGGUUCAGGGUGUUGGCUUUUGAGCCGGUUCUGGAGAAUUUGCAGAGGAUCUGUGAUGGGAUUUGGUUUAAUAGGAUUGAGGAUUUUAUUACUGUUUUUGAAGCAGCCGCAUCUGAUCGUAAUGGAAAUAUUACUUUCCAUAAAUUGGUUGGCCGGCUUGACAACAGUGCCGUUUCUGCCGUCGGUGCGAAGCUGGCAUUCAAGUCCAAUGAAGAAAUAGCAGUCCAAGUGAGGUCCAUCCUUCUGGAUGAAGUAAUCCCGGAGUCAGAGCCAGUGCUUCUACUUAAAAUCGAUGUUCAGGGAUGGGAGUAUCAUGUAAUGAAGGGAGCCGAAAAGUUAUUGUCCCGGAAAAAAGGCGAAGCCCCCUAUCUAAUCUACGAGGAAGACGAACGGCUGUUGCAAGCAAGUAACACUACGGCGAAAGAGAUAAGGGACUUCCUAAGUAGUCUGGGUUAUACUCAUUGCACCCUGCAUGGUACAGAUGCUCACUGCACCAAGAAUUAAUGCAAGUACCACAAAAUUUUCCGUCGAUGACAACCUAACUGCAAAUCUGUUCUUUGGCUUGCCAUCUCUCAGCCCACAGUGGAUGCAGUUUAUCCAAGUACACAUUUCCUCAUGUUUAUGAUAGAGUUGUACUGAGAGAGCCUCACUUUCAGUUACCAUUC